CUUGCAGGAAGUGACGUUUGUCAUAGCAACAAAACUUGGUUACGGUUUGUUUAUAUCUGGUGCAGCCUGUAGAAUAAUUUUAGGGAAGACUUCUGUUCCGUACACAACAAAUUAUGGCUGCUAAGGGAGCAACAGAGGUCGUUGAGGGGGUCAAAAUGGGACCAGGUGGUGUACCAGAAGGAUCCAAGACCGGUGAAUUUUACAGAACUGACAACAUCCCUACACGCUUCGAUAACCCAGACUGGUUCCAGGGCUAUGGAAAUAAACAACAACACCCAAUGUACAGGACUAGUUCAUGUUCAUACGGAGCCAAGGCACCAUCUGUUCAUACCAUGCCCACCUCAUUUCACUGCAUAUCACAGAAAUUCUCUGAGCACCUUGGAAAAUGUGGAAUGUACAGGAAUCAUUCUCUCAACACCGGCUUGGACAUCAGUCGUGUUUAAUUCUUAUAACCUCUCCACCAUCAGAUCGAGAUUGAAUUGAAUGGAUUUUACACAACUAUAAAGUGGAUGGAAACAGGAAAAUAUUAUAAAGAAUAGAAAACUCAGUAAAACAUAGGCUUAAUUUGGACUAAGAUCUUAACACCUAUACCUAGAUAUCACCGGUGUGUCAUGGUUUACGUACCGCCUUUGUUAUGUGUACAUGGCUAUGUAUGAGGAGUGUUAGUUUGGGUGAGAAUGGAGGCCAGUUUCUUUAGCUCUGAUAUAAAUCUGCUGAUAACAACAUGUCCUGAAGGAUUAAACACCUGCAGAUUAACUCCGGAUACGUACAUUAAAUACCAAUAGAAGAUUGAGUACCAGACAAAAUACAACUAUCGGGAGCAUUUCGCAGACUUAAAUCAGAAAUUUAGAAUUAUGGUCAGAAUGGAAUAAUUUGUUAAAUUUGGCACAAAUUUAUAUAGUAAAUUCUUGUCAUUUCUGUUUUUAUUUGUACAUAAAUAAUAUACGGUUUUGUUUAUAAUAUGUCAUGACUUUUAUCAUGCAAUUUCUGAAUAAAUGUAUUUGAGGAAAUAUA